AUGGUUUUUCUGUUUCUUUUCCUGUUGCUACCAUUUAUGAGACCGACUUCGAAUGCCGACUCUGCGGACGAAAUAUUCGGCAACUUUAUUCACCCCCCUGCCAUCAUAGAAGAUGACAUCUAUGGCGACAACUUGAUCUUCAGGCUAGGGGACGUUGAAGAGCUUCGCUGGACCACGGAUUGGGACUCAUACAAUCUACGACUCUACCAGCGGGAUAUUAUGAACGGUAACACUCCGUUCACCGCGCCUGGCACAACAAUCUUCAGCAAGCCCCAGAACCAAGCAGAGCCAGGCGGGUUGAACUGGACGGUCCAGACUUAUACCUUCGACCUUGACAUCUCCCCGGUAUUCAUCCUUGAAAUCGAAAACUCGGCGGGCGACUCGGGUUUCAGCUCUCACUCCUUCAACAUCAGUAGUAAACGGCUUGUUACUUCGACCGCUCCGCCUACACCUUCAUCCAAACCGGAAUCACCAACCACUGACGCUGGGUCUGCGUCAGGCCUCGACCUUCGCCUUCCCCUCGGUCUUGGCCUCGGCCUUGGCAUUCCCCUUGUUGCGCUCGCCAGUUUUGUCCUGGGAUAUUUCGUCUUCAACCUUUGCGGACGCCUCCCCAAGGAGGAGGCAGAGAAGCCUUCACAACGACAGACAUCGCCUCAUGGUAACCAACCGCCGUACGAAAUUGGGAGUGGUCAGCCGGCCGUAGCAUUACAGGAAGAACCAAUCUACUAUGAGGCAGACCCGUCGGCAGCUCGGCUAUCGGAACUGCCUGGGGAGCAAGGCCGCAAAGGGAGCGUGUAA